CGCGCGUCGUCCGCGCCACUGGGACCGCUGGAGCCGUCGGCUGCGCUCUGGGGGCGAGCUGUGCUCGGCUUCGGACCGCCUGACGGGAGGAAAAAAGAGCGGAGAAUCGAGGCGGACAACAUCGGCGAUGGAAGCUCCGUUCAACGAGGACGACAUCUAGCGAUUUCUACUGUGUGCGUCGGAAGUGUGCGCAGACGAGCCCGUCGAGGAAAAGACACACCAAAACAAGUGUCCCUGGAUUCUGAGGAGGAGGAUACGCCAGAACCCCCCCGCGAUGAGUGCGCGGUGAUCGGAUUUAUCCCGCCGGCGGGCGAUCUUCGCAAAGUGGUGUUCGCGGCUGAGAAAUAAUCUAACUACGGAUCAUGAUACUAGGUGUGAAUUGUGGUGAACCUACGACGCCGAAUGAUGCCAGCGGAUGUUGCCACGGCGGUGGCGGCGGCAGCAGCAAUCGGUGAAGUGGUCGCCUAGGGAGUCCGUCGCCGUUUCCAGCCGCUCUCCGGGAGCAGCUCGGCGUCCACAAGAGUCAGCGUGCGCGAGCCGGCAGGCUCCUUCGCAGCAGCGAUGCCGGACGCCGGGGAGCAGCAGCAGCGCGCGGGGUUCGCGCCCGCGCGGCUAGCGCUGCCGUCGCUGCUUACGCUACUGCUGCUGGUCUUGGUGGCGCCGCAUAGGACCGCCGCAGACGGCGAGCCGAAAGUGCAGCCGUUCCACUUUCCCAAGACGGUGCUUCGCGGCGAGAAAGUGCGCGUCGUGUGCUCGGCCGCGUCCGGCGCCACGCCGCUCAGCUUCCAGUGGCUGCGCGACGGGCAGCGCCUGAGCGACGGCGCGCACCACGUGAGCAUCAAGACGUUCGACGACUUCUCCGUGCUCGAGGUGGCCAACGUGGGAGUCGCGCACAACGGGAACUACACGUGCGCCCUCAAGAACCUCCAGGGCGGCGACGCAUACUCCAGCCAACUGCUAGUCCAAGCGGCUCCCGAGUGGGUGACGAGGCCCCGAGACACGUCAUCGGCGCUCAACGGGCCAGCGUCCUUGGAUUGCCUGGCGGUCGGCUACCCGACGCCUACCGUCCGCUGGUCCCGGGAAGAGUCAGUGUCCGACGAUGUGGAGCUGCGUCCCGUACCGCUUGGUGGCGCCAGGGUGUCGCUGCUGGCCAACGGGACCCUGGUCAUCCGCGAGGUACGCAAGGAGGACGCCGGCAGGUACCGGUGCGUCGCCUCCAACGGGCUCGGACAGGACCUCGAAGGGACGCUCACGCUGUCGCUUCACGUGCCCGCCCGCUUCGAACAGAAGUUUAGCGUGGAGAGUGUGCGGCGUGGCGACACGGCCAUCUUGCGCUGCGAGGCGCUCGGCGACAGCCCCAUGGGUGUCACCUGGCAUCGGAACGAGGACCCGCUUCCGCUGGACUCGCCAAGGCUGCAGGUUUUCGAGAGCGUGACCGACCGCGGCACGGCCUCCGAGCUGCACGUGCAGGGUGCCGAGCGGUCGGACAACGGCCUCUUCAGCUGCCUCGCCAAGAACGGCUUCGGGACGGACAGGCGAAGCAUCAAGCUGGUCGUCCUCGAGGUACCGUCAGCACCGUUCGAUGUCAAAGUUGAGCAGUCUUGGAGUCGUUCCGCCAGCGUCCGAUGGAAUGCCCCGUACAGCGGCAACAGUCCCGUUUCCAAGUACAUCGUGCAGUACUGGAAGGACCACGGCGCUGCGCACAGGUUAGAAGAGGCCAUCGUCGUGGCGCCACAAACGUCGACUCUCCUGCGAGACCUGCAGCCAGGCACGUCGUACAUCGUCCGACUGCUGGCCGAGAACACCGUAGGGAGGGGAUCCCCGUCGGAGAGCCAAAAGUUCCAGACGAAAGAAGAAGAACCAAGCGGCGCUCCUACUGACGUCAUGGCCGAGUCUAGAGGACCAACUCUUCUUCGCAUCAAAUGGAAGGCCCCACCCAAGGAGCAGUGGAACGGUCACCUGCUUGGCUACUACAUCGGCUACCGCAGCCGCGCCUCGGAGGAGCCGUAUAGUUACCAGUCGACGCUGGUCACUGAUCAGCCCGAAGAAGAGCACAUCCUGUCUGGUCUCAAAAGGGCCACUGAGUAUAGCAUCGUGGUCAAGGCGUACAACGCGGCCGGCUCCGGCCCAGACUCGCAGGAGGUCUUCUCCAGGACAGCAGACUCUGAGCCACCACUGCCGCCACGUCUAUGGCUCGAGUCUCACGACCGUUUCUUCAUCGUCGUUCACUGGCAACAGCCUCCAGGACCACCUGUCACUCACUACAUCAUGUCGUACCGGGAAGAGAACGGCCCAUGGCGCGAGCUGACCGUGCCGCAGGCGGAUAACUCCAAGUACACGUUGUCCGGCCUGCGAGAGGCCACCCGCUACCAGAUCUACCUGCAGGCUGCUGGAGAGGGAUCCACAAGCGCCCCCAGCGAGACCAUCACCGUGCUCACUGAAGGCGGAGCACUAUCGGAUGCAUCCAUGCCGGCCCCGCACGGGAGCCAGAGCCGCGAACUUCCGGUCUACUUCCGGCUGUCGGUAGUGGCGCCGGCAGCCGCGUCGCUCACCAUCAUCGUUCUCGUCAUCGCCGGGGCCUGCCUCUUCGUGAGCCACGAGAGGCGGAAGUACAAGAACAUCAUCGUGCCCCCGUUGAAGCCAGUCAAGUCCGGCACGUACAUGAGUGGAGCCGCAAGCCUCGGGCGUCCACAGAGCCAGCGCUACGUGGACGUGGACCAGCGACUGGGCGCUCCGCGGACACCCCGGCACGCCGACGGCGAGCGAAGCGUCGGGCCGCCCGGAUCGUGCCGCCCGCUUCUGGGCUCGGCCAUCCCGCAGUACCCGGCGCCGUACGCGACGCUGCCGAUCCGCUGCCCGGCGGCCGACGGCCCGUCGCCCUCGCGGCUCACGCGUCACGCCAAGGGAACGUCCCUGUCCCAGGUACGUGUCCCGCAGGAGCCUUGGGACGCGCCGCGCUCAGGCGUCUGGUGCGACAUCUGGGCGUCAAUGACGCUCACGGCCGGCGGCAGUGUGCGCUUAAGACAUUCUGGACAGGGAAGGCCAGGGCAGCAACAUCAUCGAGGAGGCGGCAGAGAUCCACCACUACGACAUCGCAGCCUAGAGGCGGUGACCUGUGGCGAUCUGAGUGCAAUCGAACUGUGCGUGGAGGACUGGAAGCAGAAGCAGCAUCAGGGAUGGAAGGAACAGGGGGCGACGACGAGAGUGGCAGCGCAGGACAGCGGGAGACAAGGAGUCGAGGGCGACGGAGAGAAAGGAGCGAGCGACUCCGUGGUCGAAGCGCCCGAUGGCCUCGAGCUCAACUCAUCAGCGUACAAACCGGACGCGGACCCUAGUUCCUCACAGGCCAACAACAUGGCCGUCGCUUUCGAACUGAACCUCUGAAACGAAAACACUGGCGACAGACUCUGUUUCAUUUUUUUUUCUCCAGUUUUUUUUUUUUUUUUUCGUUGCCCGGUCCCCGUCGCUGGCCAUCGUCUCGACGAACUCCUCUAUAGUGUGUGUACGUACACGUGUGCAGUGCGCGCGCGUCUCUUAGUAGUGUGCGUGUUGCCCACCCGAGAACCUUUGUUUCGAAUUGUGCGUGUGUGUGUGUGUGUGUCCGUACUGAACGUGAAUUGCUCAUCGUUCGCCGAUCGUGCUUGCGUGUAGCGUUCUGUCCGUAUAGGAAGUAGCUCUCGUGUUAACGUGUAGAAAUGUCAUCACUUCUUGACUUCUCGGCACACCCCCUCCCCCCACCCACCCCCACAAAAAAGUAUCAUUUCGUCCCCUCGCCCAUCCCCGUUGCCACCAUCAACCCAGCUCCCCACCAUCUCUCGAACAUGCGAUUUAGUUUUCGUGAUUAUCUUUGUGCAGGUUGUUCGCAGCAAAACGCGAAAUCGAAGUAUCUACUUUUAGUCAUCUAAAGCCGUUGUGAUGGUGGCAAGAUACUGUUGUGAAUAUAAUAAGCGACGCCGGUCCCUGACCGACGAUCCUAAGCAAUCUCGGAAUCUCCACGAAAAACAAGAAGCUGCGCAAUGAAACAAGAAGCACCAACGUUCGACGUUUCGUAUUGUGCUCCUGUUUUAUUGUUUUCCGAUGCCUGUGUAGUUUCAUCGUCGAUUACUUUCGUGGGCUGUUAUUGAGAUUUGUUUUUUAUUUGUCUUUUUUUUUCCUUUAUUUCUUUUCUCCAUGCCUGGCGUCUUGCGGAAGGAAAGCUGUUUUGCCUUUGUUACGUUGGUAAUUUGAACAAGUACAGUGAAAUAAGGCCUCCUAUACCUAGAACAGCUGUCGUGUUGCAGUGGCACUGCGCGCUGCCGAAGGAAAUCCUUCUUCAUUGACCCGUGCCGUUCAGUUUACCAACGUUACAAACGGCGUAAAAAAAAAAAGAAGAAAAAUGCAAGAAGAAAAGAACAUUCCAAACUCGACAAUCGAGACGCCACCAGUCAGAGAUCUUUUUUUUUUUCUCUCUUUGUACAGACCCUGUUGCCUUAUUGUGCUUCGUUCACAGCCAACUUAAAACCACAAGCUGAACCGCGAAGGUGUCAUUGCUGACACCCUGCUACAUAGAGCUUUUUUUUUUUUUUUUUCAUGUAGUGCGCUGUAAUUCUGUGAUAAUGAGUAGGUAUUUAUAUAUAAAAAAAGGAAACAUAUGUAUUGUUCGUUUUGUUGUGGAAUAAGUGUAGGUUAUUUGUACAUUUGUGUAGCGUUCUUGUUUCCGCUGUCCAAAGAAGCAAAUCGAGUCAUGUAAAGCAUUUUUAGACGCACGACUGUCGAUAGUGUCCCUCUGGUUUUUCUUUGUUCAGUCGGACGAGUAUGCGUGCUAGCAUAAACUCUAACCGUCAGUAAAGUUUUGGUCUGUGGCGUCAACGCAGCUGCGUCAGAAGCAGCCCGAGUUCGCGUGCUGUCACGUGGGCGCGUUCCGUAUGCUAUUGUUUGCCACCUAUGGUUCUCAGCGAAUACUAAGUUCUGUGUUAAAAUAUCAACUCUUCUGUAUUCUGAUUUUAUUGCAUGGCGUCACCAUGUGAUGCAUGCGCAUGGUUCGUAUUGAAAGUAGGUGCGAAAAUUAUUUUCUGCAGAUAAUUACCAGGAAUUUCCACCACCUUUCUCUGUUAUAUGUGCAACAUUUCCCAUAAAGCUCACCAACAGGCAGGCCUUUACGUAAAGUAUUGUUUCUUAAUUAUUUUUCUUGUGAAAACGUGCUUUACUUAGAUCAUAGGCGAUGUUCUUGUAAAAGAUCGGAAAAGCUCGUAAAUACGACUACCAUUGUGGGACUCCGCUGCAUCGAUCAAUGACGCUGGAGACAGUGAAGACUGCGGCGUAAACGAAGCAAACACGCUCGCACUGUUAGUUUUCAAUUUUGCUUUCGAUAUCAUCCAGAAUGACUGUACUUCGAACGGCACUAUCAAUAGUGCUUGGAAGGGCUGCCGAGAAUUUCGCUUAUUGCAAGUGUUGAUUUUACUCGAGUUAGGCGUACAAGGAAGGGUUUGCUUACAUGUGCGGAUGUGCUUCAGAGGUGUGUAAUGUUCCGCAGCUUCUACGCCAUGACGACGUCACCCUUUAUAGCUUUUUACCUGCUGUAGAAGAGCGGCUUUUAUCUAGGCGAUAAGAAAAGGAGAGUUCAAACGCAAUCUGCGCGCGGAUUUCCUCUCUCCCUCAACUGAAUUAUGGUGCUCCGAGAUAAAACCGGGGUUGCAAGACUUCUCAUUUUUAUUUUCUUCUUUCAAUCUUAGUUAUCUUUUCCUUUCUUUUAUUUCUUCCUCAUAUAACGUAGUCUCUUGUACAACCCCGUACCAAUGGUGCUGGGAACACGUCGCGACACGUCGUACUGUGAGCGGCUGUUCCACAACCAAACAAGUUUUUGUAUGUUAGUUGACUGUUCUGUUCUUUCCUUCGGUUUCCGCGAUGUUAGACCUUUAUGACGAGCCAACUAUUCCACGAUAGUUAAAAGAGCCCGAGUGGUAUUUGUAGUCGGCGUUCAUCGCGCGCAGUCCUUUACCAGGAAUCGAACGAGACAUCACUAUACUGAGUAAGGCAUCGCAGUAUGUGAAAACUGCAAGUCAUUUAGUUCUAAAUCCUGGAUAGGGAUUGGUGCCAGCACGAACGAGUGGCACCAUGUCGUCGAGAUUUCGGAAAACUUUUUCACACAUGAAACGCUGACACUACGAAGCAACCUGCUCUCGUAAGUUUUCGGUGUACGCAGUACAAGUCUACGCCAGAUCCUAUGCAUUGGACGCAUUGCCCGAUGGCGAACAACUACAAUAAAACGAAGAAGGAUCGUGAAUACAGGGAGACGUGACCUAUGUCUUGUUUAAAAUGAGGGUUUUCAUCCGUGGAUGAAAACCACGUGUUAAAUACUAUAUAGUCAUGCGCAUCCUGGAUUUGCGUGCAGCAAGGCGUUUUAACACAUUAUGUGAUGUGGGUGAAGCACGAGCAACACGGCAAGAUGCAGGACGCGUUGUCUGUACAAUAUGUCGGCCAUGUAGAUGGCGGUACUGGAGCCAUCGAUGUUUAGUCGCUAAUUGCCGACGGAACUGUCUUUACGGCAUGUGAAUCGAUGGGACUCGUGCUAAUAUCCUAAGCUGAGAGUGCAGAGUGACAAAAUCCCUUCUGGAUGCCACAGGCUUCUGGGUUCAUGUUUCACUUAAAACCGAUUGUACGACAAAAGGUUUGCGGUAUAAAUGAAGUAAAUAAGUCGUACAGUCAUAGAUCGCAUGUGACUAGUCUCGCGCAUCAGAAGUGUGCGGCUGUUCACGAUGGCCUUCAAGGCAAAGGGCAUUUCACGUUCUAGUAGUGCGCCGAAAAUUUGCGUCGUCAACAAAUAAAGACUUGUUCAGCCCGGCGUGGUCGGUGCCCAGUAAGGAAAGGCUGGUAUACAAAGUGUACAACAGGAAUUAUCACAUCACUGUUCACGGCUAGCGGUCGCCCGCUCGCGAUUGUUGCUUUGUGAGCAGUGAAAGUAUUAUAUACCUGCAUCUGAAUGCAUAAACCUUGCUAUCUUACUGUACGCAUCGCCGCAUAGUAUGUACGCAUCACAUGUGUGUGUGUAUGUAGUGUGUGUGACCGGUGUGCAGGCGGGGGAAUGUCGUUGUAAUGGGGUAGGGACCGUCAUGUGACACACGACUCCCAGGAAAACGUGUGUGAAUUCUUAAAAUUCCGCGCCAUUCAAGUGAUUCUCACUUUCGUUGGUCAGAACUGCGGAAAUUUGAUAUUUAAUGUUCCAAAAUUGGUUGGCGUCUUAACUGCAAAGUUGUUGCAAGUGUCCGCAUAACGGUGUGGACCUGUUCUUUUGGGAGCUACGCACGUGUCACGUGACUUGCCCUGCCCCUCUUCCCAGCGGCCUUGUCCAGGGCGCCAUCUUGAUCUGAAUUAUGAAUAUAGGCCGCUUACCAUUCUAGUCUGACCGUACACCGUCUACGAGUAACACAAUGUCUAUACCCGCAAAUGAACUUUCUCGCUGUCUGUAGAGUGUAGAGGCGACGAAGCGUUGGGCGUUGAAGAUGUUUGAAGAUGUGUUGAAGGAAACGGUCGUUGCAAAGCCAGCUGCUGAACGCAGUUCGGCGCUGUCAGAGAAGAAAUGCACCUCAAUUCUCCACACGACGACCCAGCAGCAACAAGAUACCGUACCUGAACGCUUUUAGAUCAUAUCAGAUUUAGACUGACAGAUGCUCACUGACGAAGGUUAUGAUCGCGGAGACAGAAUGCGACGUAAACUUUUGAUACUGAGAAGCGAGUUCCUUGUGAAAGGGAAUUUGUGUUGGCGCACAAGAUGUGCGCCAGCAGGCAAUUGUAAAUCACAGGAAAUAAAGAAUCAAGGCUGCAAACGCACAAGGGUUCCGCUAACGCCCAUCUGUUGUCGCUGCUCCAAAAAUUAAAUACCGAAGUUAUGACGCACGUUGCACUGACGCAUUGAUGUUGGCAUGGCGUUAAACUUUGCUGAGGCGAGAUGGACACCGAGUGUGAAGGAAUUCACCAGUCACCCAGGAGCUGGCUUCUCUAAUCAAAACCUUUUAGUACGGAUAAUGUUAUUGCAUGCGACUUAAAAAAAAAAUAUUCUUACGGACUGAGAGGGUCGAUGACUGAGCAAACAGAAUGACGCACUCUGAAACAGACUACUUUGUGUCUGUUUCGUAGAAUGUUAUAUGCUUGCAAAUAAAACGCGGUGUUUGUGUGUGCGCGCCAGAACUCGCCAUCUUGACCCAACCACCAGAAAUAAUUUUCCAUGUGUAACCCAGAAAGCAGCCACGUCCGACUCCUAAACAAACUUGUGGUCAAGCGUUAGAGCGGAAUUUUCUUUUAUUACUCCACUAAGCACUAAAACGCCGUUUCAGUAUCGCUUCUGACUCGCAUAAAAAACGGCACCGAGUCGAGAGACUACAGAAUGCGAAAUUAUAUGCGCUGCUAUAGUUCGACCAUGGUGAACUCGUGACCGUGGUUAGUGUAAAGAGCAAGACAAUUUUAUUUCUAACCAGAAACGAGCAGUAGGACUUCAUCUUUGGCCUCUGUUAAUCGUGGCAGCAUACACCGGGACGGUGCGUCCUUCACAACAAGUAUUACAUAAUUUUUUUUUUUUUCACAGUGACCGCUGCACAGUGACCGCUGCACAAUCAGCGGUCACUGUGCACGAUAACGAUAACACAACGCCUCGUGAAGAAAACAAAACUUGUCGUCAUCAUGAUGCCAUCAAUCCUCAUAUAAAUGGCGCCUCUUCAAGAGCGCUUCCUCGUUAUUAGCCACAGCGUUUCGCGAAUGCCCUGCCCAGCGGAACGAGUCAGCGUACUGUCCGUGCCUCGUACCGCGUACAUAUAAAAUUGGAGUGCCAAACAAGUUACUCCGCGUUAAUCAGACCACAUGUUUCGAAUAUACAGGGACCCUAAAGCAGGAAGUAUACGUAGGUCAUAAGCAUUACCCUAAAGAACUCGCGCACUUGUUUGGCAAAGUGAGAGUCAUGCCCGCGUCGUAUUUCACUGUAUCGUUUGGUAUCCUCACAUGCGACGAGCCUGUCUCUUUAUAGCUGUCGUCGCCUACGGUAAAACACCCCACGUAAGUUCCGGCGCUGUGUACGGACCCCAGUAUGAAUAUAAACGAAGGUCGUUUGACACAGCUGUCGUGGUAUAAAGGUGUGUUCAGAAAAGUGUGCGUCAUUAACGUACAGAAACAGAAGCACAAAAAUGGAGAAAAGAAAAACUCCUAUUGAAAAUGAAAUAAGCAUCACCGUGUUCACACCAUAGCUCUGUAUAUCACGUCUCCAAAAAGUAUAAUUGCUGUAUUCAUGGUGGUCCUGCAGUUCCGAUGUGUUGCGUCGGAACAUGCAUACUUUUAUUUUCUUCUUCUUCUCUCCUCGCAGUUUGCGCAUCAAUAGCAGUGUGUAUACUCUUUGUCGGACGUGUUAUAGCCACCACACAAUAACAGGCGUGAGAUUAUGCCUUUGUAAUCUAGGCUUUCUGUAAAUAUAUACACCUCGAUAGCGCGUUUACACUGCUCGCACCCACACCGUGCGACCAAGUGAAGCGUUUGGUCUUGUGCGUGAUACCCAUGGUCUCGCAGUCUCUCUCUGAUAGCGUCGUUCUCGGUAUUAACAACAACAAAUUCACCAGCGAAGUGUCGAUGUACAAAAUGCUGUUUUAUAAAAUUUACAUUAAAGGUUUCGCAAGCCUGCA